AUUGUUGACAAAAAAUAUUGUUUUUUUUUUUUUAAUUUAUUUAUUGGACUCUCAAUAGUAUACUGUAGUUAUCAUUCAUAUUGUUGUCAAUUGCAUAGACAUUGGAUCAGCUGUUUUUCGGGUCGUUUUAACCAUCAGUACUAACAUUACCGCAGCCGCCGCUGUGACCCGAGAGACAGAUAUGGCCACAACAAUAACAGUCAAAGACUUGUUUGACGAGUUAUCCAAAGAAAAUCGCCGACUAAUUGGCGAACUAGGCUUUUGUCACCGAUAUGUCCAACUGUGCGACCGAUAUCGGCUGUUGGCCAUCAAUUUUCGCGAUCGAUGUAUUUGCGAUCAGAAUGUCGGCAACGAAUCCAAACUCAACAACUUGGAUCUGGUCUACGGUAGACUACUUGAGGACAGUCGCAAAUGGCUGACAAUUAGACGAAAAAGGACGGCAAAUGAUAGGCAAACAAUUUCAGGUCAACUGAUUGGCGCUACCGGUGGUGAUGAUGAUUAUGAUGGAGAAGAACUACCGGUUAAACAUAAGGAAGAGGUGGUUGACAACGCCUACGAUAGCGAAGACAAUUGGCAACAAACUGGAGAUGAAGACAAUUUUGUGGACAAUUCGGACACUAGUGGUGAAGAAGAAGAAGAAGAAGAAGACUGUUAUGAUCCAGAGUUUAAGCCCAAUAGGAGUCAGAUUAGGUCAAUAAAGUCAACGAUAUUACCGACGGAAGUAAAAGUCAAGCCGUUAAGGACGACUUCGACGACGAAGAAGAGACCGCCGCCAAAGAUUUACACGUGCGAGACGUGCGGCAAGACUUUUCAACAUAGAUAUAGACAUAAUAAUCACGUACUGAAGCAACACAGCGGCGGCGGUGGCGGUGAUGACAAUGAGGGCAACGAUAAUCACAAUGACGACGAGUUCUUUAAGAAGAUAAAUACGAUGUCGCGGAAGACAUCGAUGAAGAGACCGCCGCCAAAGAUUUAUACGUGCGAGACGUGCGGCAAAACAUUUCAACAUAAAUACAGACAUGAAAAUCACGUACUGAAGCAACACAGCGGUGUCGGCGGCGGUAGCAGUGAUGACAACUAUAGUAACAAUAACGACGACGACUUUAUGGGGGGCAGAGAUGACUUCGAUGACAACGACAGCGACAGUCUAAUGGAUAACAAGAAAAAAGUGGAUACAAGCGAGUUGUUUAAGAAGAUGAAUACGAUUCACAAAUGGAAAUCAAAUCGUUCGCCGACAUCGAAGAAGAAGACGUCGAUGAUUAUGAAGAAGAAGAAACGGGUUUCGUUGAGCUAUACGUGCCAGACGUGCGGCAAAACAUUUGCCCAUAAAUAUCGUUUGCGUAAACACGAAGAGAAACUACACGGCGAUGAAUACUUUAGUCGACCGUUUGUCUGUUCGGUUCCCGGCUGUAAGCGACGAUUUAGGGUUAAGAAAUCACUGUACAAUCAUCACCGGGAGGACCAUUCUGGUGGCGAUAGUACAGAAUUUCAGUAUCGAUGUCCGCGCGAUGGAUGUACUGUAGUGUUCAAAACGAAAUCGGGAUUCAAUAGGCAUAUGGAACUGCACGACUCGGCGAAAAAAACGUACGGCAGAACCCAGUGCCUGUGGCCGGGCUGUUCGUUUGUCGGGUUUCCCAAAACAUUGGAAAUACAUCUGAAUCGACAUCAGGGUAUCAAACCGUAUGCGUGCGACGACUCGAGUGGUUGUCAAAUGAGUUUCUAUAGUGCGUACGAUCUGAAACAACAUCGAAAACAAGAACACGAACCGAAACCACCGGAAGUAGCGGCUGCUGCGGAGGCGGCAGCGAAUAGUUACCGGUGCGAUAUCGAGGGUUGCGAUCGUAGUUAUGACACACCCAGGCAACUGAAACUACAUAAGCGCCAACACGACCGUAUCUAUAAGUGUUCGUGGCCCGAAUGCGACCAAACCUAUUACAAUAGUGUUACGAUGCGGGAUCAUAUGGACAGACACCUGAAUGUUCAGCGACAUAAGUGCCAGUUUUGUCAGCGCGGGUUCUUUACCCGCAAUAAUUGUUUGGCACAUAUGAACCGUAUUCAUCAGUUUAUACCGCCGAAAAUUCGUCGGCCGUAUAAUCUUAAGCGUCUUAGACAACAACAGCAACAAAAUGACAAUAAUGUCGAUAACAUCACUAAUGAUAAUAAUAAUAAUAACGAUAACAUCACUAAUGAAAAUAAUAAUAACGAUAACAUCACUAAUAAUGAUAACAACAAUCAAUGAAUUUAUUAUUUUUUUAUGAAUUAAUAGCUAAUAUAUAUAUAUAU